AUGAAGUAUUGUUUUUGUAAGUGCUUUGAGGAAUCAAAGGAUUUUGUGAAAACAGGCCUUAUUGAUUGGAUCUUUAACAGAGAUGUAGAUGAGAAAACUAGCAGUAUGUGCCAUCUUCUCUGCCUCAAACUUACAAACAAUGGGAACAUAAAAAGAAACGGGAGAUGGGGAUUUCAGCCGGUUCUGGGAAUGACAGAAUUCUUUUCUGCACUUUUCUCAUUCAUAAACCUCAUAACAAACAUACUCUGCUUCCACAAGAUGUUGAAGAAACACCUAAGAGUUACAAGACUGGGAAAGCUUUACUAUAUUCAAUACUACAUAUGUAACCUGGCAUUCAUUGCUAGCACACUCUUCCAUAUUCAUGAAAACUCCUUCACAAGAAAUUGCGACUACUUCCUUGCAUUCUUGACUAUUCUCUUUGGAUUUUACAUGGCAUUUGUCAGGGUUAUCCUGAUAGGAAGCCCAUCCUUGGAAAGGGCCAUAAGAAGGCCAUUGCAAUGUAUCUUUAUUCUGUUCUAUGCAUAUCAUAUCCAUAGAAUGUCAAAUAUAGAAUUUGAUUACGUGUAUAACAAAGUAUCCUGUGCCAUAAUUAUCACACUCACUCUCUUGUCACAUCUUGUGACAUUCCUUAAGUAUAGAAAGAUGGGUCACAGUAAAAACAUCUUGCUGUUCACAUUCUUUUUCUUCCUUGCUGGAGCAAUAGAAAUUCAGGAUGUGCCUCCAUAUGCCUAUCUCAUUGACUCUCAUGCAAUAUGGCACUUGAUAUCAUGUAUCUCAACACCUUUCUAUCUUUUAUUCUGGAGUGGGGAUGUUUAUAUGCAUUGA